CAAUGUCACGUGACAUAAAUGUGAGGUUCGGUUCGUGCGUUCAUAAAUAGAAAAUAUUGACUAAUUUUCUACCUAUUUGUUAAAAUAUAAACCAAGUUUUAAAUUAGUUUACCUUUUACGUAGACCCAAUAUACACUUGAAAAAUGGCUGAAACACCAAUGUCACAACGUCUCACUAACGAUGAUUUUCGAAAGCUUCUGAUGACUCCUAGAUCAAACCCUUCUCAGACACCUGCGGCCCCAGGUUCAAUAAAAGAGGCAAUGAAUAAUCCCAACUCCAUGCCACCUCCUAAAAUUGAAGACAAAUCAGAAGCCAGACGUAAAAAGAAAAGCUACUAUGCCAAACUCAAAAAACAAGAAGAUAGUAAAAUGGCAGAACUUGCUGAAAAGUAUCGUGAUAGAGCAAGCGAAAGAAGAUCAGGACACAAUCCUGAUUAUCAAGCAGAUGAUCCAAUUGCUACUGCUCAAGCCUAUCGAGCAGUAGCUCCAGACCUGAAGUCUGGAUAUGAUGCAGCAGAACGAAGAAGGCAGAUGAUUCAAGAGUCAAAGUUCUUGGGAGGUGACAUGGAGCAUACUCAUUUAGUAAAAGGAUUGGAUUAUGCUCUACUCCAAAAAGUCAGAAGUGAAAUUCAAACACUUGAAAUGGAGCAGGAACAAGAACUGGAAAAACUUGCUAAUAAACACUUGGAAGAAAAAGAAAAGGAGAAAAAAGAUGCCCAGAAAAAAGAGGAGGAAGAAAUGAAAUUUAAAACAAAAAUUGGAAGAUCAAUUUAUUAUACCAUGAAUAUGUUGAAGUCGAGACAUAUUGAAAGAUCAGAAUUGUUUAUUCCUGGUAGAAUGGCUUAUGUUAUUGACUUGGAAGAUGAAGCUGAAAGUGAUAUUCCAACCACUUUAAUAAGAUCCAUUGCAGAUGUUCCUUCGUUUGAAUUGACUACUACAGUAACAACAAAUGAUAUUGUUAUUAAUAAACUUACACAGAUAUUAAGCUAUUUAAGACAGGGAAAUCGUAAAAAGAAGAACAGGAAGGGUAUGCCAGAAAACCUGAAAGAGUAUGAUCUACAAGAAGAUAAUUUAGAUAAGAAAACAUCAAAAAGAUCCCACCAAGAUGAUUCUAUUUAUGGCGACAUUGGUGAUUACCUUCCAGCUGCAAAAAGCAGUAGACAUCGGGAUCAUGAAAGCAAACGGCAUGCAUACUUUGACAAACAUGAUAACGAACCUGUUGAUAACGCUGCACCUACAUUUAGAGUUAAUAAGUCUGCCGAAAUAUUGAACAAAUUGCAACAAGAACCUGAGGGAUAUGCAGAGUGUUAUCCAGGUUUAGAAGAAAUGAACGAUGCUAUAGAUGACAGUGAUGACGAAGUAGAUUACUCAAAAAUGGAUCUCGGUAACAAAAAGGGACCAAUCGGUAGGUGGGACUUUGAUACUGCAGAAGAAUAUUCUGAUUAUAUGAACCAAAAAGAAGCUCUACCAAAAGCAGCCUUCCAGUAUGGGCUCAAAAUGGCUGAUGGAAGGAGAUCAAGAAAACAUAAGGACAAGAACGAGAAAGCACAUCUUGAUAGAGAAUGGCAAAAGAUUCAGAAUAUUAUUCAAAAGAAACGAUAAUUUUGAAUUACUAGUUAGAGUUGUGUUAUAUAUUAUUGAAUUAAUUAUUAAGGUAUGUUAAACAUAAAUGUUAUUUACCUCUAAGCAAAUGUUUAUUUUGAAGAAAUGCAAGAAGACGAAAUGGAAAAAGAAGAGACAUAUUUUGUCAACAUAUUUAGGUCAUUAAUGUUUUUUACAAACGUGUUAAAAAUGCAAUUUUUAGCACUCCAUGGGAGCCUUAAAAAUGUCACUUUAAAGCACUGGGUGCUUUAAAAUUUUUAAGGCACUGCAGUUAAAAGUGAAAUGUCAAAUUUUGAAAGCAAGCGUCAAAAUAUUUAUAUUUCAUUUGUUAACAUUAACAUUAAUAGUACAAUUUGCGCAAUUUGAAAAAUGAAUUUCUUGCGCUGCAAUUUUACCAUUUUCCAUGGUUAAGGCGGAAUGAAUAGAAAUAAUUUAAUUUCCAGUCGAAGUUGAGGCCACAAUAUCUUCGGAUGUUAUUGGUGAUUUAAAUUAAUUAAUUCCAAUCGGAUUUUUGGUACAUUUACCUUUCACGUUGUAACGAGGUCGUUGCGUUGUUGCUCCAGGUAACUAAAUCAGUCAUAGAAAAGAGUUCGCUUUUUAAGACAUUUUUAUUUGAAAUCAAAACAUACAAAAGAUAAGAUAAUUAGCCUUAAUUACUCGUUAAUUUCGUUAAUAAAAUAUAUUUAUAAUCUACGCAUCGAGCUUUCUGUUCGGGCCGAUGUGACGAUAUUUUGUACAUGAAUGAAUGAUUUUGACGAUCGCGUGAAAUAGGAAUUGCUUUUAUUAAUACGACAUGAAUGUAUAAGUAAAGGGAAGAAAGGGAAUCUCGCUCAGCUCGCCAGAUGAAAAGGCAUAUUAGGGAUAUACGAUCACCGCUCGUAUAAGGAUAGGUAAAAGAAUAGGUAAGAGGAAAACUGUCGGAUUCGCUUAGCUCGCCAAAAGGACAGCGUAAAAUGGUCGGUAAAUACUACCUACAUAAACUCACCUCUUAUACCUCGCUGUUGUUUAUUAGUCUUCGAUCAACGCUCCAAGAAUAAUCAUCAACUAGGCUUUUCAUUACGACUUUUAUAUCGUCCGAGACGGUACAAAAACACGUUUUACUUAAUUCAUUGGCGUACUCUAGACGAUAAAAUUAUAUUAUCGUCACAACGUAUUUCAGAAAAAAUCGUCGAUGUCUGACAUUUUCUGGUCGAAGAGCCGCAUAUUUUCGAUAAAUAUCCAAAUAGAUUGUUUCAAUAAUAGUGAAACUUCGUGAAACAUUGGUUUUAGUAUCUGGUAUUUUAAUCAGUAAUGAUGUACCCAUAUCUUUCACAUAGUCAACUGACAAAGCUCCUCCCUGCGGCAGGCACCAAAUAUUCCCACAAUCAGAGCUACUUUCAUCAGAAGAUACUCAUCAUCUAAUGCACACUUCAAAAACUAGUCAAUUUGGUCUCUAGUCAAGAUUUUUUAUUUUUUUUUGCCGGUAACCUUCUGCUUGACGCUUUAAAUACGCGAUAAGCUUAAACUAUUUGCUGAUAUCUACGUCGCUAUUUAUACGUACCUAGCACAGAUUUGGUCAUCGAAUAAUUCGACCACAAAGAUGAUGCCUUCCACACCUUUGCUUUCUCCUCAAAAUACGCCAGAAAUACAUUUUCGGUAUAUUUCCCAGAAACGCCUUUUGCUUCACACCAUUUCUCAAACUUAUUAUAAGCGAUAUCAUAUUGCAUUCUGGAUUUUCUCGGCAACAAAUCCAGGAUAGCUCGACUGGCCGCUACCUCCAUACCUUGAAAUUGAUCUUUUUCUACAAUAUUUUCGUGCAUUUUAACGAAAAAUCCACAACCGCGUUUUCAAAAACUAACAGACGUCUAACAGAUGCUUCAAAGCUUCCGUAAACAAUUAAGUCAACAAUGGUUGCUAAGGUCCGUAAUAUACGAUGCAAUUUAAAACUAUCUCCUUUCAAUGUAUUAAAGGUUUUUUAAAAUUUAAUUUAAACUGUAUUAUUGCAUUUUUAACACGAUUGUAGAAAAAAUAUUGUGAUAUACGUGUUAAAAGUACAUUUUUAAGGCACUCAUGUGAAUUGUAGAAUUCCCUUUCGCUCAUUCUGCAAACCUUCACAUGUAUGCCUUAAAAUUGUACUUUUAACACUUAUAUCAUAAAUAACUAUUAUGACACCACUGAACAUGAUUGUAAUGGACCGUGAUAGUGUGACGUCAAAACGUCAAAAAGGUUUCCAAACAAAGCAAUUGACGUCUGUCAAUUGAUUAUACACGUGGUUUGUGUAAUCAUUUUUAAUUUUAUUUUGUUUUAAAAAUCUGCACAUUUUUUAUAAAGAGACAAUCCUUGUGAGUCAUAUCAAUCAUAUUGCUUUUAAUUUUAUAAAUGUCCCUACACAAAAUCAAGGAUUUACACAAUACAUAGUACUUACUGCGUUUCUUCAGGAUCUUAACCAGUCCUAUUGGGAAUUAUGGUGGGAAAUAUACUAUGAGCUUUGAUUACAAUCGGGUACCCAACACAUUACCAUUUUGUAAAAAUUAAAUAUCCUACAAGCAAUAUAUUCCAAUUAUCAAAACGAAAAUAAAAAUUGGCAAACACCACACAUGUGAAUUUUUGACAGAUUUUUGUUUUGUUUGGAAGCCUUUCCAGAGUAGCCAACAUUGAUUUGACGUCACGACUAUCACGGUCCAUUGUUACUUUUAAAUUUUAGUAAUUUUGUAAUCUAAAAUUUACUGUGUAAACUAAUAUAAGAAAUAAACAUUGGGAAAACUCAUAAAAAGAA